AUGGCAUAUUUUGAAGCGCAGCAGCUAUGCAGAGUCCUGGCAGUCAUACUUGGCUGGUCUGCCGUGGGCUUCGCAGCCGCCGCCAACCCCUCUGUGCAGAAGUGCAGCACGCUGCCUAGCCCCCCGAGCACCUUCUUCCUCAACCUGACGCGCAUGCACCCAGAGGACCGCACUUGGACCUGGAACCCGUGGGACACGCCCCCUGCCACCAAGGCCACCGCGGAGCGCUUCACAUGCCCUGACUUUGCGUUCACCCACCCGGGCACGGUCGCGGCGCCCGCGUUUGUGAAGGCGCUCCGGCUCGUGCGCUCCAAGGGGCCGCCCGCCGCGCGUGCAUCGCUGGACGGCCUCCUGGCCUGGGCGGGGCCGGACCUCCCCCGGCCGCCCCGCGCCGCGGCGGUGGUGUUCUGCGCCUACAACCCCGCAAAGUGGGACGUGGAGCGCAUGACACCCGCUUUGCUGCAGGCGCGCGACCAGCUGUUUGCAGAGGCCAAGGCCGCGGCCGCCGCGGGUGCGGUGUGCCACGACGAGUUCUCGGCCGGCGACGCGCAGCGCUCCCUGAACCACACCCUGGCCUGGCUGGCUGUUGGUGACGAGGCGCACGCGGCCAAGGCCACUGACAUACUGGACGCAUGGGCGACCAAGACGCGCUCCUUCGGCCCCCUCUACGCCAACGGCCCGCUGGAGGCCGCCUGGGGGCUGGCCCUGAUGGCGCGCGCGGCGGAGCUGCUGAAGCGGGGCGGCGCCAGGGCCUGGACGCCGGCGGUGGAGCGGCGCUUGGGCAGCAGCAGCAGCAGCAGCAGCAGCAGCAGCAGCGGCAGCAGCAGCAGCAGCGGCAGCGGUGGCAGUGGCGGCGCCGGCGGCAGCAGUCCAAAGGAGCAGUCAACAGCAUGA